UGUUUGGCAACAACAACACAGCUGCACGAGCUGAGACAUCGAUCUGUGUCCGGGUCCAAACAAACAUUUCUCUAUUUAACCGAGCAGACCCUGGACACUGGUCCUCCUUUUCCUCCUGACAUCACACCGGGAUUAACAUGAUGAUGGUCGGAUCUUUCCGCUGUUGUCCCCUAAUCCUGUGGCUGGCCCUGGUCGCCAUGCUGGGCUCGGUGUUCGGGCUCGACCUGGACCGGCCUUUGUUCGGGCCUCCGGGCUCACCUGUCCGGCUUCACGAGUCCGACCCGGGCCUGAAGAAGGCUCUGGAGUUCGCCGAGGAGCGCUACAACCGGGGCUCCAACGCCAUGCACCUCCGCAAAGUCAGCCGGCUCAUCUCCGCCACAAAACAGCUGGUGAAGGGUAUCCGCUACACAAUAACAGUGGAGCUGAGUAACACUCAGUGUAAGAAAUCCGCCAUGCUCAGGACAUGUGACUUCUAUCCCGAGUUACAGAAACUCAAGACGGAGGUGUGUGUGUUCGAAGUGUGGGACAUACCCUGGCAGGGCACCUCGACUCUGCUCAAGCAGAAGUGUCAGCCUAAAGCUGAAUCUCAGCAAGAAGAGACCAACAAGGUGAUGGAGGCGUCCACCAGCCAGCCUCAGGAGGAGUCUGUCGAGCUGUUGGGCCAGUUCAAAGAAUUCAUGGUGAAAUACAACAAGGCCUACAGCAGCCAGGAAGAGGCAGACCACCGUCUGCGCAUCUUCCACGAGAACCUGAAGACCGCUGAGAAGCUCCAGAAUUUGGAUCAAGGGUCAGCCGAGUAUGGAGUCACCAAGUUCAGCGACAUAACUGAGGAAGAGUUUCGCUCCACAUACCUGAACCAGCUACUGAGUCAAUGGACUCUUCACCGACCAAUGAAACAAGCCUCUCCUGCCCAAAACCCCGCCCCUGCCAGCUGGGAUUGGCGAGAUCACGGUGCUGUCAGUCCCGUUAAGAACCAGGGUAUGUGUGGAUCCUGCUGGGCUUUUUCCGUCACAGGCAACAUUGAAGGACAGUGGUUCCUGAAAAAUGGGACGUUGUUGUCCCUCUCUGAACAAGAGCUGGUUGACUGUGAUGGGCUGGAUCAGGCGUGCAGAGGAGGGCUGCCGUCAAAUGCUUAUGAAGCUAUUGAGAAGCUGGGCGGUCUGGAGUCCGAGACCGACUACUCCUACAGCGGGCGCAAGCAGAAGUGUGACUUCACCACUGGGAAGGUGGCCGCGUACAUCAACAGCUCUCUGGAGCUGUCCAAAGAUGAGAAGGAAAUCGCAGCUUGGCUGGCUGAGAAUGGACCAAUCUCUGUUGCUCUGAAUGCAUUUGCCAUGCAGUUCUACAGGAAGGGCGUGUCUCACCCUUUGAAAAUAUUCUGCAACCCCUGGAUGAUCGACCACGCCGUGCUGAUGGUGGGAUACGGAGAGCGUAAAGGUAUCCCAUUCUGGGCCAUCAAAAACAGCUGGGGAGAGGAUUAUGGAGAGCAGGGUUACUACUACCUAUACAGAGGGUCCAAUGCAUGCGGCAUCAACAAGAUGUGCUCAUCUGCUGUCGUCAACUAAACCACAAACACCUCACAUUCACAUACACACACACUAUGAUACGACAGAUCCCCAUUUCAACACUACUCAAACACACCUGUGACCCAGGCUACACGAUGACCAUACUCAGACAGAGAUGAAGUCCUACUGAUGUUACUUUCCCAUUAAACCCAGAGUAGUGCUCUGCCUUCAUACCUCACACCUCCUGUCAGUUUACUAAGAACAUACCAGCUCUAAUAAAGCUAGCAUCGCUGAGGAAUUCUCCAGUAAUUUUUAAGAUUUUAUGUUUCAUUCCGUUAAUUCUUGCAGGUCAUGCUGGUUCCUGUGUUUUAGGCAGUAUUGAUUUUAACUCAUCUUUCCUCACAGUAACUUAGUCUAUGUUUGAUAAAGCGUGUGCACUAAUUGUAUUUAGACUUAUGUCUUGUCUGUUUUCUUAGAUGUUACCAGUUAUUGCUGUUACCAUUACCAGUGCUUGUGCUAAUGUUAUGUAGCAUUUGAACGAACAACCUUGUGUUGGCCCGCACGUUACUACAUAACAGCAGUGCAGGUGUAAAAACUGCUGUAAGUCGAUGAGAAAUGAAUUAAGGUUGAAUAAAAAAAGAGAAUCCAAA